AUCAUCUGUAGCACGGUAAUUUUCGUAUAGCAAUUGGAAGCACACAGCCCGAGUAACCAUUUCCAAAACAUGUCCGCACUAUUUAAUGGACUAAAAGCAGCGCAAAGGCUGCAAGCUGCCAAUCCGAUGCUUUUCCAGCAUUUGGCCCGAAACUACGCUGGUUGGAACAAGGAUUAUAAACCUGGCCCAAUGCCUGAAACCGAAAAAGCUUGUGAGGCGGCUGCCAAAAAAUACUAUCUACUGCCAGAGGAAUAUCGCCCAUAUGCCGACAAUGGACUAGGCUACGGCGACUACCCUGACUUGGGCAAGGGUCUUGGUGUUGAAUCGAAAGAUCCCUACUAUCCCUAUGAUUUUCCCGAGCAUAAGCGCAAUCUGCAUGAAACGGUGCAUGCGGAUGUUGAUUUAUAUGGAGAAGAUCGUUAUUCUCAGGCGGAGCAACCACGAUUCACGAAUGCUCAAUACUGGCUUAGCUUUUUAGGUGUAAUGUCUGGUUGUUUUGCUUUGUAUUACUGGUUGGAAAAUUACCGUAUGUACCGACCAGUUGCCGUUAAACAAUAUCCUGGCGAUGGCCGAAAACAUUACACGUUCGAACGUGAAUAAAAUCAUAGGGAAGAUUAGUAGGGAAAGGACAUUUGUAUUCACUUUCUUGAAUAUUUUUAUUUUCAAGUCUUUAUGAACGAAACGUUAUGUGGUGUGGUUAAUGUGGACAACAAAUUGAAAUAUUAAUAAAAGUUGUUAAUAGUAAAUGAA